AUGGGGCAGCUCCUAGCAGCCCCCGUGAUUGAUGGCGGUAUCUUUCUGCGCUUGACAAGGCAAAAUGGCCUCUGGGAUAAGAUGGCCGAGGAUCGCGCAACCUAUAUGUUUCUCCCCACUGCCGCGGCAAAGCGUGAGCAUUUCCGAGCCAGCUACAUCGUCGACCCCAACUUCUACGCUCUCAAGCACGAGCAUUUCCGAUACAGCUACAUCGUCGACCCCGACUUAUACGCUCUCAAGCACUGCGUCGACCUAAAAAGAUGGACAAUCGAACAAAAGAGAUUGAUCAGAAGCAGAAUUACUUUCCGUUGA